AGAGAGAGAGAGAGAGAGAGAGAGAUGUAGGUACUGUAUAUUCCACAUGGACUUUUCAUUAUUUGUCUAAAAUAAAUAUCAAAAUUUAUUGUGUAAAAAAAAACUAAAUUAUCCCAUUUGUGAUCUCACUCUAAACAAAAUUCGCUAUGGCCGAUGAGGAUGAUAAGCCAAAGAAGUAUACACUCGAUAGUCUUUUUAUGGUUUACUGCAACUAUAAGCUUGUACCCACGGAAUUGGAGAAUGAGGAAUUCGAUUGUAUUUUACUUUCCCAAAUUGAUGCCUGGCUAGAGCAGGCAAAACUAAUGCCCAUGCCCAUAACAAGGACUCAAACAGGACUAAUCUAUAUGCGUUAUAAAAAAUGGCGUUUGGAAUUUGAAGACUUUUUGGAGGUACUUCAGCAAUUGGCCACCGACAAUGAAUUGAACUACGAUGAGUUAAAACAAACACUAAUAGAUGCUGGUGUACCCAGUGGUGCAACUGAAAUAGUCACUGUCAAAUAGUUUUUUUCUUCUCUUUUUAUUCACAAAAAAUUUUCAGUUUAUUUUCAAAGACAAUAACGAUAUUACACAUAGAGAAAAAGAAAGAGGUUAAAACUUGUAAGGGGGCAGGCGUAAGAAAUGAGGGGGAAAAAAAUAAUGAUAUUCGUGAAAAAUCAUACUCCAAACGAGCUGUAGUUGUUAAAAUUACAAUUAAAUUAUACAGUAUUUUAAAAUUUAAUAUAAAGAUUUGCAAUUAAUUGACAUCUCUUCUAUUAACAAUAAAUAACAUUCAACAUGCCAUACA